AUGUUGUACACUGGAAGCUGUGACUGCGGAGCGGUUAAAUAUAGAUAUGAAGGCGAGGCUCUUGCGAAAGCUAUUUGCCACUGCAUACCCUGCCAAAAGCGAUCUGGCAGCGCUUUCAGCGUCAAUAUAAUCGCCAACAAGAGUCUCUUCCAAAUCCUUCAAGGAACCACGAAGACAAUCGAUCGCGUUGGCGAUUCCGGUAAACCGUACCACGCUCAUUUCUGCGGUGACUGCGGCACUACAAUUUAUGGGGAGCCAGAGUCUGCUCCUGACAUGGUUUCUAUCAAGGCUGGCACUUUGGAUACGGAAUUGAGUGAUCUCGACGCUAUCGACGCAGAGGUCUAUGUUGUCCGACGGAAGACCUAUCUGGAGCCAAUUGCGGGCGUCAAGCAGUUCGAUGGAAUGCUUUCGCUUUGA